UUUAUUACAUCUUUUGUCAUUCUUUUCCAGAGAAUUCGGUCGACUGUGGAUGAGAAAGAACAAAAACAACUUCUCAUGGAUUUGGACGUAGUAAUGCGAAGUAGUGAUUGCCCAUACAUUGUUCAGUUCUAUGGUGCACUCUUCAGAGAGGGUGACUGUUGGAUCUGUAUGGAACUCAUGUCUACCUCGUUUGAUAAGUUUUACAAAUAUGUAUAUAGUGUAUUAGAUGACGUUAUUCCAGAAGAAAUUUUAGGCAAAAUCACUUUAGCAACUGUGAAAGCACUAAACCACUUAAAAGAGAACUUGAAAAUCAUUCACAGAGAUAUCAAACCUUCCAAUAUUCUUCUGGACAGAAGUGGAAAUAUUAAACUCUGUGACUUUGGUAUCAGCGGACAGCUUGUGGACUCCAUUGCCAAGACAAGAGAUGCUGGGUGUAGGCCAUACAUGGCAGUAAGUUCACCGUACACAGAGCCUGGAAGCUUUGGUACUAUUAGUCUAAAAAAUCUGUCAUACAAUUUGAGCAUACAAUUUCAGUCAUACAAUUUCAGCAUACUAGGGUAUUCUUUUCUCUAGAGACCAAACUCAGGU